AUGGUCUGCGCGGGAGAGCGCUCGCUCUCCCAGGGCAUGGCCACUCGGCCGAAGCUUCUGGCCUUCUACAUAAUUACCACUCUAUUUUUAAACAUAACGACGCCGGCCAAAGGUGCUUUUAAUUCUUCCAGCGGCUUUCAGGGACCUGGGGUAGGCCGUGCCUUGCCGCCCGUCGACCCGAAUGCCCGUGUUAACGCGCCAUGGAACCCAUUGCCUGCACCUGUCAACAGUCAACAGAAUACUGUCCCGGCUUAUGAUGGCCAUGUUACGCAUCACGAGCACCCGCCACAAGAUGCAGCGCCGACAGCGGCAACGGCAGUUCCGUACCCGGGAGCCAUAGGGGAGCAGAGCGCCCGCUUAGGCGGGCCUGCUCUUGGAUUUCCAGCCAUGGAGCCACUGCGGACACCUUAUGAGAAGCACAUGCCUUUGUUGGGUUCAUAUGGCCAGUUUGGCCCGUUACGGCUUGGACCUCAGCUUCCAUUUCAGCCUCCAACUGUGCCCCAGCCUCAGCUGCAAAUGCAGCCCCAGUUGCAGCCCCAGUUUCAGCCCCAGUUUCAGCCCCAGCUGCAGCAGCCAUUGCAAAGCCAGUUGCAGUUUCAAACACAACCCCAGCUACAACCUCAGAUGCAACCGCAAGUGCAGCCUACAACGCAGCCACAGGCGCAAUCACAGCGUCAGGGUCCGAUUGUGCUCUCAAAGCUGCGGACAGGGCGGACUGGGGUGAUAUCGACUGUUUUCGGAAAAGUGGAUGGAGAUUUGGCGGCGCUCGCGAAGCAGGAGAGGCCGCAAGAAGCUACUUAUGGGGCUUUCGACGAGAAACAGGGAGGUGCCCCUCGCAGGGCACAGGGGCAGAACGUAGCAGUUAGUUUUGCGCGGCUGUCCGACGGAACAGUACCCAACAAGCACCUCUCAUCAGUAUCCAGGAACAGUGGUCGGUCAAAAAAACCAAACCCUCGCCGCCGUUUCAGUCCUUGGAGAGAUGCGCAUUCUGGCGAAGUACAGCUAGUUGCAGUCGCUGAUGUGACCUUAUUUCAAAGCCUGUGCAUUGGGGAGCCCAGCCGGCGCGAUCCACGGAUGCCGUGCGGCGCAGCCUACCCUGGCAUAGCGACUCUGGCUCUGUACCUCUCGUCAGGCCCAACAGAAGUGGAAGUGGAUUGGCGUUCGAGCUCUAUCGCCCCGCCCAAGCGUCCCGUGGUGCUGCUAUCCACGGCUGCUAGGGACGGUGUUGACCGCACAGCGGAUUUCGUUAAUGCUCUUUUGGAACGGGCUUGGCUGUACAGUGGCAGAGAUGAACACAGUGACUCAGCUGUUGCGAGUGCACGAUGGGGCGCUGGCGCUUUUGGCGCCUUCUCAAGGAGCACGGCAAGUCGCGAGACGCAGGCUAUCGUUAGUGUAUUAGAUGGAUUGGUAGGAGCCAGGAUGCAGCCAGGGUCAGCAGGCCGUUUCUCCAAGAUUAUGUAUCUUGGCUGCUCUAGAACUUCGGAAUACUCCACUGUCGCGUCUAUUCUGGCCGCUGACCCCGGUAGGUUGCUUGGUGCCUACUUGACCAUUGCGGCGGAGGUGAACAGCACCAGCAGGAAAAAUCGGGGAAUAAACAACAGACACGUACGAGAGCGAGGUCAGGAGUUCAUAUUCAAGCGUGAAAGCAGAGUUGCGAGGGCAGUCAGGUUGGAUUUCAUUGUCACGAUCUCUGGAGGUCAUUCUGUUGAAACGACUGUGCCUCAAGUGCCUGCGGAGUUACGGUUGGCAGUGGGCAGCGAGAUCGGGAAGCGUUUAAGAACUGUUGUCGACUGCUAUUUGCGUGAUGCCCUCGACAACCACAGCCCAUUAGCAGAUAAUCCGUUGUCUGCAGAAAUGCCAAUAUUAUUUGUCCAAAUUCAGAAAGUUCGGUUGGUCCGAGGCUCUUCUGUCCAGCCCCAGCUUAUUGGAGUCGAGCUACAGCCACACACAGGGGAUCCUAUGACAAACCUCGGAGUUCCCAUCGUGCUGUACACGACUGCUAUUGGUGCGUCACUUCAAGCAUAUAUUGUGGGACACUUGAGAAGUUCUGCCCUGACUAAAACCAUCCGCCAGACUUUGAUUGACGCGAGAUCUUUGGGGCCACUGCACCAGUCGGCUCUUGCUGGGCACGUGACGGCGAUGCGAGAAGAUAUGAAACGACUUCAUGACUGGCUUCGGCGCGUGGGCCCCACAUGGCCGAUAACUACCAGCAUAGGGAAUUUGUCGGGUCUGUUUUUAAAGUCACCUGAGGAGGUGGCGGAGCGACAGGAGCAAUGUAGAGCGGCUAUCAACUCUCUGAACCUGCCGGCAGGUGACCCCAUGUUGAAAUACGCGGAUCUUUUUUGUCAGGUAUAUCCUCAGACGUACUUUUUACACUUAGCAGGAAAGGAAGAGGUAGAAGCUUACAGUCUGCGUAUAGGGUUGAUUCUUCGCCAGCUACUCGGGAGCGGCAACAUAACACAUGAUGCUGACGAGCACACAAGCUACCCUCUGAGGUACUAUCGCGAAGCUAUGGGGUCGCACCAGAGGCGUCUUUCGUCCCACGGAGAUGAUUCGGGCGAUUUCGACUUUCAGCAGUACAAGGGGGAAUGGGCUUUGGGGGGUCCUCUAGAAGAUGCCCUAAGCAGGCAGAGCAGGAUAGAUGCAGAGUCGGACGAUCGUCGAAGCACCUCCUCACCAAGAAUUGGGGAGGGCGGGUUCAUUACUGCAGAUGACAGCCAUUCUCCAAUUCUGGAUACUGUGGAAGAUUCUUCAACUCUGCAGGAGGCUGGGAAAUUGUCAGAGCCAUUUGGUGCAACUACACGCACUACCACAGAAGCCGCUGUCUCUGCAGACCACCUGAACCCACGAGCUGCGGAGGGUUCAGGCGAAGCAACUCAAGGAUUUGCAAAUGAUGCCGCAGGACGUCAUUUUGGGGAAUCUGAUUCAACCAGACCCAUACAGGAGGCGCAAGACGAAGCAGGCGUGAAGGCCGCUGAAGGGGCUGCCACCGAACCUUUUAUCGUAACACUGCGAGAAGCAUUUGAGCACCAAGCUGCACAGCACCAGUAUCUCUUGAAGACCCUUGCUGCCCAAGAAGAACAGCGGAGUCGCAUGCAAGAGCCGCAAAAGCAGACAUCGCAGCUACAGCAAGAGCAAGAACAUUCUUCACGCCUCAAGGGUAUGGAGGAAGACCACAACAGUCACACGAGUCGGCACACGGCGGGCACGGAUUUAUCCGAGCCUCCUGGUGCCCUCACACCACAUGUUGAAAAACCGAUGGAACAUGCAGCUAUCACCUUGCCUUCUGUUUUUCCUGGCAUUAAUAUUGCUCAUGAAAGUGAUACUUCAACUAAGCGGAAGCUGCACGCGCAGAGUCGACAUGGGGAAGGCAGUAAAUCUUACCACGGGAGGGUAGCUGGAGAUGGGCUGGACUCUUACCAAGUUAGCAGCAUGCUCGAGGAGCGCUACGGAAGCCUGUUCCUUAACAUCGCUGGAUUUCUUUUAAAUGAAACAACACUUGAGGACCUGAUAAUGGUUGCAGAGUGGCAUGUCAACCCAACUGCUCACUCUGACUUGUGCAGAGAGCGCAAGUUCGCCCUGUUUCUUCUGUGCCGAGAUUCAGGGCGGUUCCGUCUCGCGGGAUGGCCUACACAGCCAACGCAUCAUCAUUACGACAGCUCUCUAGUCACGUACGACGCAGAUGCUGGACGUGAAACGUGGCAACAAGCCUUGCAAGGCCUACGGCAGUUCCAAAGGCUUUUCCGCCCGCGCAUCUAG